AUGUUCAAGCUCUCGGAGCUGGUUCGCUGGCUCGGGCUCACCGAGUUCGAGAUCCUGGUGAACCUAUGCGGGCUGCUGGUGUUUACCAUCACGCUGGCCAUCAAGCUGUCGGGCGAGAACGCAGGCAACAGCUUGGGCGGACUCAACGGGAUGCAGCAGGAGCCGACGGAGGAUUGGUUCACCAUCUUCAGUCCACUCUUCUUCAUCGAUAUUUGCAACGCGUACUUCUGCGUCAUAGUGGGCAUCCGCAUGUACCUGGACUCGGACAACAAGCGCAAGGCCUUGCACCGCUUUAUGUGGAGCACCUACUUCCUGGUGCUGAUCGUCAUCUUUAAGUACCUGCUCUGCCUGAAGCUGUCGAGCAAAAUGGGGCUCGAGUAUUCGGAGGUCUUCUCGCCGAUCUUCGUGCUCCUGCAACUCGUGGCGGUGCGCGCCUGUCAGCUUCCCAACUCCAUUUAACUAUAGAGCCCUAGUAUCUCCUCUGAUUUGGUCAAUAAGAUAUCUUUAAAGUACGAA